CUUGUUAUGGCGCUUGAACUAAUGUUUUAAUAACUGUCUUAAAAAAAACAAAGCAGUGAUUAACAAUAACCAAUAAAAUUGAAACAGUAUUAUUUUCAUUUCUCCUUGAAUAUUGUAUAUAAACCCUACACCUGUAUUGAACAGUCAGUUAGUUGUGAGUUUCUACGUUGAUUAUUUUUAUUUUUGGAAGGAAAGGUGAAGGAACAUUUAACACACACUUGCAGUUAUCACAAGAUGAUUUUUCGCAUAGCAACCAACUUGCUGCUGAUAGGAAUAUUAUCAUCACAGGAGGAGAGUGUUUUCGCGCGCGCUGAUGAAAUAGAUGUGUCGGAUGGUAAAACAUUAAAAAUGGUUCACCUGGUAUACCGUCAUGGGCACAGAUCUCCCGUAGCGAUCUAUCCCAACAAUCCUUAUCAAGAAAAUGUGUGGCCAGAUGGUCUUUCAAGAUUAACUCAGAUUGGCAUGAACAUGGAAUACGAUCUUGGAAAGUUUUUACGAAACCGAUAUGUCGAAGCGGGCUUUAUUAACUCAUCAUAUCUGCACAAGGAGGUGUACAUACGAAGUUCGGGUGUAGACAGGUGUUUACAAAGUGCAGAGUCUCAAUUAGCUGCUCUCUAUCCACCCAAAGGCUGGCAGGUUUGGAACACAGAAAUUCCAUGGCAACCAGUACCAGUUCAGACUGUACCAUCAGACAACGACCCUGUUUUGCGUCCAGAUUCAACUGUUUGUCCAGCUCUUAAAAAAAUUUGGGAAGCAAAGGAGUAUGAGCCUGAAUAUUUGAAAAAGAAAAAAGAAUAUGAAAAUCUAAUGGCGUACGUGAGUCAUCAUUCUGGCUGGAACGUUACAUUUGACAAUGCGUGGAUGGUCAUGGACGAUUUUAAGUCUGAGAAAGUUCAAGGUUUUCCCACACCAGGAUGGGCGGUUCCUAUUUAUGACGAUUUGCAAUAUAUUACCGAUUGGCUAUUCCUGAACAAAUACGUUGGUGGAAAAAAAUUAGGAAGAAUUCUUGGAGGAACUCUGUUGGGAAUAAUGAACAAAGGGAUGCUAAAAUUUAGUAAAGGAAAAGAUCUUGAUAAACUUCACAAGCUGAAUAUGUUUUCGGGGCAUGAUACAUCAAUCUUGUCGUUGUCCACUGCUUUGGACAUUCACAUUACGGAAUCGCCAUACUACGCAUCGUGUUUCAUGAUAGAAUUAUUUACCAACCGGAGAGGGAAAUACUUUGUGGAAAUGAACUUUCGUAACGACAGCAGUGGUUCAACCUAUCCAGCAAAGUUGAAGGGCUGCAGAUACCGAUGCCCGUUAAAAAAGUUUAUCAAAUUAACAAAGCCAAGAAUUCCAAGUGACAGAGACAAAGACUGUGGCAUUACAGAUAAAAAACCUGUCCCUAGUUCCAAAACACGCGAAGUCAAGGCAGGGGCCCUAUACUGGAGAAUUUUAACUUUUCUGUUUUUGGCGUUAACUGCGUUAUUGUUGUUUGUGCUGAUUUCUAUCCUGGCUAAAAGAAAACGUCCUUACGAAAGACAAGUUGAUGAAAGUUUUUCAACUGAGGAAAAGAGCGCGAGUGAUAAAGAAUUUGAAGUGCAUGGUGUUGUGGUUAAACAAGUUUAAUAACAUGCAUUUUUCAGCUUGAAAUUUACUGCAGUGCUUGUAACUCUUUAUAUAAUUUUAAUACGCUCAUAGAAACAUUGUUCUAUGAUAUAUCGUAACUUCUUUGACCUGUAUGAUCCAGGAGAGGAAAACCGGGAUGAUAUUCUUUACACCAUAUAUGUGAGAUAGAAUUGCUUACAGUAUGGUAACAGACUAAUUUUUAUUUUUGAAACGAUUCGGACUAAAAUAAUGUUCACGAAGGCAUUAUUUCUUCACUGUGUUAUUUUUGUGUAUUAGUUUAGGCGAAAACGGAUGAGUAAAAA